UAGAUAACCUAAAUCUGUUCAUGUCAGAAGAUGAGUCCAUUGCAUUGCGGACAGCAGAAAAAAGAAGUUCAAUUAUGGGCAUUGACAAUUCAGACUCCGAUGUCUCAAGUACAGCUGAUGAGCUCUCAUAUGUGGAAGAUGCGCAUGAUUUGUCUGAUAGUUCAGCUUCAAACAACUCUGAGGAGCAAACUGAGACUGAUCAGUUGAUUCAUUGGCCAUAUAAAGUAGUUGAGCAACAAAAUUAUGAAUCUGCUUUAAGCUUCUCCAGGAGUAGUGGGGCAAAUAGUUCAAUGCAAAAUUCUUGCCAAUUUGAAAAGUCACAUAGUGCUUCUAAUAAAAUCUGUGAUAACAAAGAUACUGUUGAUAGUUAUUGGUCAGUCGGUCACAUUUUGAAAAGCUCAUUUGAUGAAGAUGAAAUAGAUGUGCAAAAGGUGGCUGGAAAACACAUGGGUUUGCUCAGAGAUGCCACAUUAUACAAUUUUAGUACUAUUGCCGUUAAUGAUGCUUUGAGUGGGGAAGCCUUGGGUAAGAAUCCAUAUGACAAUGACACGCAUUCCUUAAAUUACGGAUUUCAACCACAAAAUAUUGACCAUCAGAAUUCUAGUAUGAAUCCCCUCAGCAUGAACCCUAUGUUGACGAGAAAUUCAUUGCUUUGCUUGAUGGGUAGAAAUGGAGAAAAGUACAUCGCAGACCGACAGCCUUUACCUUGCUUCAAUUUUUCAACUGUGGAGGACCCGUGUAAAGUUUAUAUGGACAAGCUACUAUUAAGUUCCAGAUUUAGCAGUGGAUCUGCAAUUUCCGUGGAUUGUCAUGCAUCUGCUAAAGUAAAUAAGAUUGAUCACUAUUGUGAAGAAGGCAAUCUUGGAGAGGAUGGCUUGAUUGGUACCACCCGAAACUGUGGUAGUGCUUCAUUGGCUAUGAAAGACCAUAACCAGGAUAUUUUAACUGAUGUACAUGGUGGGAGCAGCUGGGAAAGAUUGCUUGGUAGUUUUAGAAAACCUAUCAAUUGUGGUGCUACUCAGAAGAUCAGUUUUUCAACAUUUGAAAUGCCUCUUGAUAUUAUAAUUGACAAAUGCUUAUUGCAGGAAAUCAUUCUUCAAUAUAAGUAUGUCAGCAGGCUAACCAUCUACUUUCUUGAGGAAGCAUUUGAGUUGAAAGAGCAUCUCUUGGCAUUGCGACGCUAUCAUUUUAUGGAAGUAGCAGAUUGGGCUGAUUUGUUUAUUUUGUCUCUUUGGCAUCAUAGGAGGUCUGUUACAGAAGCAAAUGAGAGACUUCCAGAAAUUCAAGGUCUUCUUGAGUCAUCAAUUCAGAAGUCUUCAUGUGAAAAUGACAGUAAUAAAGAUAGGUUAUUUGUGUAUGUGAAAGGGCAUGGGAAAAUGCCAUUCUCAAUAUCAACUAUUGGAGUCCGUUCUUUUGAUUUCUUAGGACUGGGUUACCGUGUGGAUUGGCCAGUCAAUAUUAUUUUGACACCUGCUGCAUUGAAGAUAUAUGCUGAUAUAUUCAGCUUUCUAAUACAAGUGAAGCUUGGAGUUUUUUCGUUGACUAAUGUUUGGUGCUCUCUUAAGGAUUUGGUGCACAUGACCAGUAAAAAACUGAAUUCUGAACUCUACCAGCAUGAAGUGGGCCAUCUUAAUAUGUUGAUAAAGCUGAGGCACCAGGUCAGCCAUUUUGUUUCUACUUUGCAGCAGUAUGUAGAGUCACAAUUAUCUCAUGUAUCAUGGUGCAGGUUUCUUCAUUCCCUUCACCAUAAGGUGAAUGAUAUGAUGGAUCUAGAGUCAGUUCACACGGAAUAUAUUGCCGAUGCAUUGCACAUAUGUUUCCUCUCUGAAGAAACCCGGACUGUAGGCAGCAUUAUUGAGAGCAUUUUACAAUGUGCAUUAGAUUUCCGGUUGUGUCUUACAGCAGGAACCUGGGAGGAAGGAAUUGGCCAGGAAAAUCUGUUUGGCAGAUUCAAAAUCAAUAUAUCUCAGGUGCUUUCGAUAAAGCAGAAGUUUGAUAAAAAUCUAAAAGAAUUGCACCGUUGCUACAUCAAGGCACCUAAACAUGGGGGCUUUGGGCUUUCUCGUUUCUGGGAAUAUCUCAGUUAUAAUGAAUAUUAUUCCGAUGUCAGCAAUGAAAUGGGGUAUUUUGCUUUCUGACUAGCUGGGGUUCAUAGUGAUAUGGCAAAAUGAAGCUGGCAAUGGCAAUGAGGCCACCUUUGGUGGAUUCAUAUUCUAGAAGGUGGUUGGGUAUCUGAUGUUGUUGUGAGUUUAACAGCAACAUUCUUAGGUUGUGUUUGGAUGGAGAAUCUUAGAAAUUCUUAAAAAAUCAGGGAAAUCAAAUCAAGCUCCAGCACUGGAGAAAUCUGUGUGGAUAAUUUAUCCAUGAAAUUUGUACUAUUUGUUAUAUUUUCAAAUUUCAUAGUAUAUUUUAUCGCUGGCCGCUCUAGUUCGGGGAUUGGAUUUGAAUCUAGCUCCAGGUUUGAAGGUUGAUUCUGGAACUCAAGGUUGCCCGGCCAGGUCAUGUCCAAUAGAACUGGUGGAGGAAUGUCAUUUGUAAAGAUCCAAAUCUUUUGGACGGUUCGUUAGGUGAGCAGAAUGCAAUUGCUUCCCCUGUGACUUCUGAGGAAGAAAAGAAGGGAUUGGUCUGCUCAUUCUUGU